CACCAAGAAUCCGUUCAAACAAACACACACACACACACACACAUACACACAGUUGAGGAGAAAGACGGUAGAAACUGACUGAGCUGAGAUGAUGAGUGAUGUGAGCGAGCACGCGCUGCUGGAUUAUUUCUAUUCCGCCGGUGGGGAUUCAGGCAGAGUGAGAAACGCAGACAUACUGAAGACAUUUAAGCCUUUUAUUGGCCACACUGACCUGCAGUUACGUGCUAAAUACAGAGAGGAAUUCAAGCUCGUCAUUGACCGGAUCGCUGUGGUGAAGUCAGAGAAUGGUGAGAAGUACCUCGUUCUGAAGAAGAAGUACCGGCAGCUGCUCCAUGAACGCGACACCAAAAAUCACGGCACAGAUGAGAAUGGACAGAAACACGCGAAUUCGGCCAGAGCGGCAGCCACUGCACAGUGGGAAGCAACGAACGUCACGGCCUCUUCUUCCCCUCAGAAGGAACAACAGGACGAGCUCAUGUUGUGUGGAGACACUGAGAGCAAUGCCGAGUUCGAGUCGGAGCAGGACGAGGAGGGCACGGGCAGCAUGGGCUCCGCUGUAGUCGCUCUGGAUCCUAUAGAAAAAGAGUGGAUCUACUCUGCUGCGGGCGCUCGAGUCCCUGACCUCUCUCAGCUGCUCAGACAGGACCCAUCGCUGGCGAACAAGAAGGACUUCACCUCAGUAAGUAGUGAAAAAAUUUACAGUAUUUGUACAUAUCUUAUUUGGAAGGAUGACGUUCAUACCAUUAUUUCCUCUGUCUUUCAUGCCGACCUCUCUGGCUGUGAUCGUGAACGUCCAUUCUUUCAGGGGACCGCUCUGCACUGGGCUGCCAAACAUGGCAGUGAGGACAUGGCCACUCUGGUGGUUAAGGCCGGUGCUGAUGUCAACACCAAAUCAGGUUAUACGCCUCUUCACAUCGCAGCGUUACAUGGUCACCGCCAUAUUCUUGACCUGCUCAUAGGGUCAUACGGUGCUAAAGAGAAUUUGAGGGAUUACAGCGGCCACCUUGCCAACCAUUAUCUCAAUAUCAAAGAACCAGAGGCUCCAGAGGAAGAGUGUGAGCUGCCGGAGCUUCAAGUCACUCAGGCCAGGGAGCGGAACAGGAACAGGAAGUUGGCGUCCCUGUUCCAGCCAAAGAAGAAGUGGGGCUCGGCAGAGGAUCUGGCUCCCAUUGAGGAGGAGAGGACGACGUCUCAUCAGCUCGUCCUUCCUCCGUUCAGACCCCGGAAAUUCUCCCGCUGAGGGAAAAUGGACAAUUUCUGACUCUCUAAAGGUUUAAUUUCACAUUAACACACAUCAUAUAAACCCUCAACAUCACCACCAUGAAAGUAUAACAUUGUUCCAGUUGACUUGUCGAGGCGUUCCUUCAACAAGAACGACCUCCUGAGUCGGAUUUCCAACACAGAAAGUUGGAGAAAACUCACCAACCCUGACAGAGGAUGCCAUGAUGGCUGCCACCCAUACAAACACUACUACUUAUACUGUUAAUAAGAAUUUCUCUUAUUUGUUUCACAGUAGGCCACACGGCUGGUGUAGUGGUUAGCGCUCUUGCCUUUGCAGCAAGAAGACCAAGAAGCAAGAAGUCUUGUUCUCCCUGUAUGUAAGUGGGUUUCCCCCGGGCUCUCCGGCUUCCUCCCACAGUCCAAAAACAUGCAAUGUGUGGAUUAGGUAAAUUGGACACUCUAAAUUGGCCGUAGGUGUGAGAGUGAGGGUCAAUGGUUGUUUGUCUCUAUGUGACCCUGGCGAGCUGUCCAGGGUGUGACCCCGCCUAUCGCUCCCUAUGUCAGCUGAGAUUGGCACAGCUCCCCCCGCGACCCUCCGGUGAAGGAUAGAGCGGUAGAUGAUGGAUGGAUGGAUGUUUCACAAGUAAAUCAGUCAUACUGUUCAAUUUUUAUUCAUGGUAUUUUACGCAAAGAGGUUCACCUGCACCUUUCAUAACUAAGCCCAUACCUUAAAAAAAGCCUACCCUAAAGUUCAUCCAAAAAAUGACCACAGGAGCUUUAACUGAGUAGAAAGUGCUAUGUUCUUAAAUGUAUUAAUGGUAUUAAUAUAUAAGUAUUUCUUGAAGCCUUUAAAGUUAAAUUCAAAUCCGCAUGUUUGCCUUCACAGUUUCUAGUGAGCGCAGGUCACAGGAAGUCUUUAAACUCACCUUUUAAAGUAACUGACAGUAAAUCUGGUGUUACUGUAGAUUUUGUUAUGAUCUAUAGAUCCAGUAAAAUCACUGCAGGGAACUGUAUUUUUUUUUCUUUUUUUAGCAAACAUUACUGAAGCAGGAGUUAAAAGUUUAUUUGCUUAAGCCUGUUUCAGCCUAAGGUGUAAUCCUGGUACAGUGUUGCUCUAAAAAAAACCUCAGUUCAACUAAGGAACAAAAUAAACCUAACGUUUCUGGCGACAUGCGUUAGAAGAAUUAAUUAAAUGCUUUUUUUUUUCUUUUUUUAUUUACAUGUAUAAUAUACAUACUAGUAUGGAAUGGCCGGUUUAAACAACCAUUUUAUGAAAAUGAUGCCACUAAAAGACAGAUUUACAUUCAUCUCCAGAGACACACAGUCUUAUGCAGUGCUAAGUAAGGACUUGUUAAGACAUUCAGCUUUGGAUUCAUUAUCAUUUCACAGAAAGCAUUUGUUCUUUUUUUUCCCAAUUGUCAGUUCGUCUAUUUGUCUGAGUGCGAAUGACACCAAAUUUAAAUACAAGACGUUAACGUUGACAGACAAAUAAAUCAACAACAAAUAUUAACUCUUUGUAGUGUAGUGUAGAUUUUGCGCUUGUGCAAGUCUUCCACGAGUAAAUAUUUAAGUUUUAAGUCACAUGACUCUUUGUGCAGUGUUAGUGAUUUGUAGUGAACAAUUAAAUGACGGGUAUUUCUUUAUAUCUGAGCCAAAAAGAUAUUUUAGAUUCAGGAAAAUUCAAAGCAAUGCUGCAUGAACAUUUUUCAUCUUUUUGUUUUUAUGACUGUUGCAAAUGUUACUACACGCACGUGUUUGUGUUGUGCUUUAGGCCAAUUUGUCUUAUUUGUCAACCCUGUAUAGAUUUAGCACAUGGUUGUUGUGAAGUUGUGACAGCUGCAGUGAUUUGUACCAUUAGCUGUCAUGAUUUAUGACUAGUUAUACAGAGUAAGCUGAGGUUUAAGUAGAAUAUCUUUGUUUAUCUUUAUCUUUAUUCUCUGUUACAACCCGACACAUUUGAGUGUUAUUUUCACCCCUGCAGUCAGUGUUGAUGCUGCUACAGUGUGAAUAACUACUUUCUGGUGGAUUCUGCCAGUUAGAUGAAAGGGCUUUUUUUUUGUAUAGCUCAGCAUUUUUCAUUUGAUGUGAAGGAAGAUAACUGUGUAAUUGUAAAUCUAAAGAAACCAGCCUUCGUUACAUUAUUUGCACAAUAUUUACACAGCAAAGGUAUUUUCAGUAUUAAAUUGUAUUUUAUAUGAA